UUGCUGAUAAAUAAAUGCAGGCAUGAUGAGGCAUAAAAAGCAAGCCAAACAACACCAAAAGCCCCCCAUCUUUAAUUUGCACCCUCCCCAAAUCUCCUCCUCCUCAUCCUCCAUUGCUCCCCUCUCCCAUCCUCCUCCAUGAGGAUCAGGAGGAGGCCGCAGCCCUCCCCCUCCCCCUCACCCUCCUCCUUCCUGCUGCUGCACUCAGAUCCGUCCACAUCCGCCGCGCCCCAACAAACCCCACGGAAUGCGGAGAGGAGCCAGGAACGUCGUGGCCUCGAGGUCGACGGAGGAGGUUCCAAGGAGGAAGAAAGGAGGCAUGCCAAUGUGGAUCUCGGCCACAAAUCCGCGGUAGCCAGGCGCCUGGCAUUGCCGCAGGACAAUGCAGCGGGAUGCGUCGACAGUCCGGGUGCAGACCUGGGAGCCGACGAUCUUCACAGGAGGGGUCUGGUGAAUGGGCAUGGCGGCACGGACUGGAAGUUGGACAUGGCAUGCACCAGCCGGCUCGGCGAGCAGGCGGCGACCGUCCACGGACCUGUGGCAAACGGCGUGGCGGCGCCCACGUUGGCUGUGAAGGAUCAGAAGAUCAAUGGUAGCGACGGGAGCGGCGGGGCCAAGAAACGGCGCGGCCCAGCGGUGCUGCUGGAGGGGUCACGGUGCAGCCGCGUGAACGGCCGAGGGUGGCGCUGCAGCCAGCCGACGCUCGUCGGCUACUCGCUCUGCGAGCACCACCUCGGCAAGGGCCGGAUGCGCGCCGCAACAGCUGCUGCCGCUGCUGGCGGCGGACGGGGCGGCCCGGGCCAGCUCGGCCGUACCGAGCACAGGGCUAGGAUACCAGUCUCCAUUGGCGCGGUGACCACGGCGGCGGCCAAGUCCGACGAGCCGGGCCUGGGAAGCUAUUAGGACGGCGGUGGGCGACGUGAAUUCUAGCUGCUGCAUUUCUUUUGUGGGCAUCAAUGUCGGCGGUGGCAUGCAGGUGACGGCACACAUGGGAGGCGAUUUGGGGCUUGUGAUCAUCUCGUGCAUCUGCGCCCAAAUUUGACCGGGAUUUCCGAGUAGAUCGUUGGCACCUGCAAUCAUCAGCCGAGCCAUGCAACAUUGCGACUGUGUGAUCGCGUCUGUAACAACAGUAUCCCAUCAUGUAGAUCUCCUGUGGUUGGUGCAACUUUCGUGUAAAAAGCACAUGCAUUUUUGUUCAAAAGAAAUUAUCAAGACGGAAACAACGAUUUAAAUAACUGCAAA